AUUUAAGUCGGGUUCAAUUUCACAUGACGACUUACCGCCAGCAAUUAAAGAAUCGAUCAAACCAUUGUUGACAUAAAAGUUUGGUUUCCUUCUCUUUAAACAGCUUUUGUCUCUUUGGCGAUCAGAUCUCACCGGAGACGAGCGAUGGCUUCAGGAUUCAGCGGCGAUGAAACUGCUCCUUUCUUCGGGUUCCUCGGCGCAGCCGCCGCUCUUGUUUUCUCAUGUAUGGGGGCAGCGUACGGGACAGCAAAGAGCGGGGUCGGUGUGGCGUCGAUGGGGGUGAUGAGACCAGAGCUUGUAAUGAAAUCGAUUGUUCCGGUGGUUAUGGCUGGUGUGUUAGGUAUUUACGGUCUGAUCAUAGCUGUCAUCAUCAGUACUGGAAUCAACCCAAAGGCCAAGUCUUACUAUCUCUUCGAUGGCUAUGCUCAUCUCUCUUCCGGUCUCGCUUGUGGUCUCGCCGGUCUCUCCGCCGGUAUGGCUAUCGGAAUCGUCGGCGAUGCCGGUGUCAGAGCGAAUGCACAGCAACCAAAGCUGUUUGUGGGAAUGAUUCUGAUUCUCAUCUUUGCUGAAGCACUUGCGCUGUACGGUCUUAUCGUUGGUAUCAUCCUCUCUUCUCGUGCUGGGCAGUCUAGAGCCGAGUGAACUCUGAAAGUCUCUGUUCUUAUGUGCUAAAUCCUUGUAAUGUUUUUAGAUUAUAUUUCACUUUCAAUAUUUCGUGGCAUUGUUGUUAGUUUUUGAGUUUCUUUAUGAAUAAACAAGCAAAUAUCAUUUGAACUUGGUUUUCUAAUUGUGUUUUCUUUUUAAAAAUAAAUAAAUUUGCACGUAA